AUUUUUUUAGCUUUAUCUCCUGAGAGUGAGAGAUUUCUUAGCGUCUUAUUGUCGCGUGACUUAAAGCUUAAAGUAUAGAGAAUAAUAUAUUUCUAAGAAAGCAAAAACAUAAAAACUAUAGAAAACGUAAGAGUACAAAUUCUUCAAAAAAUAAAACGCAGUUAUUAUUAUUUCUUUUUUUUUACAUUUUUAUUACAAUAGCCGCAAAUGUGCUGUUUAAACUUUACGAAUUUUUUUCUUUCUGUCUCCUUAAAUUGCCAAGACUUCUCCUUUUCUUCCCUUAAAUUUGUAUCAUACUAAGGACGCCGCGCUUUUAACGACAAGCUCUGAUGUGCAUCUUAGAAAUUAAUAUAUUAAUUGCAAUAAAUUAUUUUUUAUUAAUUACCAAUUAUGAAAAUUGCUGUCACAAAGAUAAAAUAAAAUAUUCUGUAAAAUGUCUCGCUAUUAAAAAUUGAUGGAGUAUCAGUGAAUCUUUAGCUUGCAAGUUCUCGUCCUAUUUUAGUUCGGUAGCUGAUCGUACACUCAUCACCAUUUUGCAAAAUGGUGCAGGAAGAGGCGGUGAUCGUAAGGAAUGCUGUAAAGCGUUAUGGAAAAGAGAAAUUGGUGUUCAACGGUCUGAAUAUGACCGUUUCAAGGGGCUCCAUAUAUGGAUUGUUGGGAGCCAGCGGAUGCGGCAAGACUACCCUGUUGUGCUGCGUCGUUGGGAUUCGGUAUUUCGACAGCGGAGAGGUGUGGGUCUUGGGGGGUACUCCGGGUAGCAAAGGAUCCGGAAUUCCUGGGCCUCGAGUGGGUUACAUGCCGCAAGAUAUCUCCUUGGUAGGAGAAUUUACCGUGAGAGAUGCCUUUUAUUACUUCGGCAGGAUCAACGGACUCGAUGAUAAAGAGAUCGAGGCAAAACAGGUUUUCUUUUCGGAGUUUCUUCAAUUACCCCCGUUGGAUCGCCUGGUGAGGAACAUGAGUGGAGGUCAACAAAGAAGGCUUUCCUUUGCCGCCGCGUUGAUCCACAGCCCCGAGCUUCUAAUUUUGGAUGAACCUACUGUGGGAUUGGAUCCAAUUUUAAGGGAAAAUAUUUGGGCUUACCUGACAAAAAUUACGCAGGAGGAAGGUGUCACUGUGCUGAUUACAACGCAUUAUAUCGAAGAACCUAAAAAUGCUGAUAAAAUCGGUUUAAUGAGACGUGGUAAAUUACUGGCGGAAUCGGCACCACAUGAAUUGCUGGAACAAUUUCAAUCCUCAUCCUUAGAUGAGGUUUUCUUGAAUCUGUGCGAUGUACAGGAUAAUGCCAUCACUUUGAAUAAAAGGUCUCGAGGAUCCAAAGGGGAUACUAAUAGCGACGUUUUAUAUCAAGAUAAAUACAGGGAAACAAAAGAAAUCUCGGAGUGCAAAACAAUUUCGAGACGUCAAGUUUCGCGACUGAAAAUAUUUAAAGCUCUACUAGCAAAGAACGGUAUUCAAUUUUUGCGUUAUUACACAGGCUUAGUUUUCGCAGUGUUCUUCCCGAUAGUUCAAUCCGGUAUGUUCCUUGUGGCCAUUGGUAACGAUCCGAAAGGCAUCAAAAUUGGAAUUAUGAACAAAGAAGCUGGCAACUGCGAUUUCGGCAACAAUUUUGGCAAUGUUUGGAGUGACGAAAGCAUCUGUCACUUUGGCAAUCUCAGCUGUAGAUUUCUACACAAUUUUGACGAUUCAAUCGCGAUUAAGGAAUAUUAUGAAGACUUUUUCGAGGCAAAGCGUGAUGUACAGAAUGGAAAACUCUGCGGUAUAAUGUAUUUUAGUCAAAACUUUUCCAAAGGUCUGCAAAGGCGAUUAGAAUAUGCUUCUUUGACGGAGGAUUCCGAUCUUUACGCCAGUCAGAUUCAAGUUUUCCUCGAUAUGGGUGAUAGAGAAAUUGGGCUUUUUAUUCAGAAAAAGCUAUUCGAUCGUUUUAUGGAUAUUUAUGAAGAUAUUAUGAGAGAUUGCAACUAUAUGGCAAAAUUCGUCUAUUCGCCCAUUCGAUUUGAAGAUCCCAUUUAUGGUACGAAUAAUCUCGAUUAUACAGAUUUCAUGUUACCAGGAUGCAUAACGUCAUUCGCCUUCUUUUUGGCCGUUACAGUCUCUACCAGCUUGAUAAUCACAGAUCGGUUGGAAGGUGUCUGGGAUCGAAGCGUGGUCCAAGGAGUCAAGACAGAAGAAAUCCUACUAUCUCACAUUCUUAUUCAGAGCGUCAUCAUAGUUAUUCACUGCAUCAUCAUAAUGCUCAUGUGCUUUGUUGUAUGGAGUGUGGAUUAUAAAGGAUCGAUAUUCGUCAUAUACUUCUUUCUAUUUCUCAAUGGCUUGUGUGGAUUGAUGUUCGGUUUUGUCAUCUCCGUUACGUGCAAAAAUCACACUAUGGCAUAUUACGCUUCGGCCGGAAGCUUUUUUCUGCUAGUAAUACUUAGUGGAAGUAUGUGGCCGUUAGAGGGAAUGCCAAAAUUACUUCGCUGGUUUUGUUACGUAGUGCCAACUACCUUGCCCUCCAUAUCCAUGAGAGGACUCAUUUACAAAGGUUCUUCUAUAUUUGAGUGGCAAAUUUUAAUUGGUUUCUUUAUAAAUUUAGGAUGGAUAUCAUUUUUUUUUCUUGUAAUUAUAUUAAGUUUAAGACAGAAAACUUCAUGA